AUGGAAGGCGUUCAACUACGAGAUGAGGCCGCACAAGAUCGCGUGCGAUCUGCCAUUGAAUUCCUUGAUCCCAGUGAUGCACGGGCACGCAGCUAUCGAGCAGAUAUUGUGGUGAUGCUGAAUCGAGGACUGCGCCGUCUGACGGUCAGCAUCGAUGAGCUCCGCGCACACAACCGGGAACUCGCUGAGGGGCUUCUCACCUCUCCUUUUGACUACUCGGAAGCCUUUAACCGGGCCUUGAAAGAAGUGGUGAAGACUUUGCCCGGCAGACCAGCCAAGGAGACUUCGGAUGAAGUUAACUACUACUGCGCAUAUGUCGGUGCAUUCGGAGAAUUUUCUACCAAUCCCCGCACAUUAGGAUCCCAGCACUUGAACCGCAUGGUGUCUCUGGAAGGUAUUGUGACAAAAUGCUCACUGGUCCGACCCAAGAUCAUCCAGAGUGUCCAUUACAGCGAGAAGAAGGAUCGCUUCCUGUCCAGAAAGUAUCGGGACCAGACCAUGACUGCCAGCGGUGCCACAAGCUUGAAUGUCUACCCCCAGGAGGAUGAAGACAAGAAUCCCCUUAUCACCGAAUACGGCUACUCGACCUACAUGGACCACCAAUCGAUCUCGAUUCAAGAAAUGCCCGAACGAGCCCCAGCGGGCCAACUUCCCCGCAGCGUUGACGUUAUUCUGGACGAUGAUCUAGUCGACAGGGCUAAACCAGGAGACAGAAUCCAGCUAGUGGGAACUUACCGGUCUCUUGGAAACCGUAAUGCUAGCUCCGGCUCGUCGACAUUCCGCACAGUUGUGAUGGCAAACAACAUCAUUCAACUCUCAUCCAAGUCUGGUGGAGGUAUCGCCCAGGCCACUAUUACGGACACCGACAUUCGAAACAUCAACAAGAUUGCCAAGAAGAAGAAUGUCUUCGAGCUCCUGUCACACUCUUUGGCACCCAGUAUUCACGGACACGAUUACAUUAAGAAGGCCAUUUUGCUCAUGUUGCUUGGUGGUAUGGAGAAGAACUUAGAGAAUGGCACUCACUUGCGUGGUGACAUCAACAUUCUGAUGGUUGGUGAUCCCUCGACAGCUAAAUCUCAGCUUCUUCGCUUCGUGCUGAACACUGCCCCAUUGGCCAUCGCCACAACUGGUCGGGGUUCAUCCGGCGUUGGUCUGACCGCAGCCGUCACCUCUGACAAGGAGACUGGGGAGCGCAGACUGGAGGCCGGUGCCAUGGUUCUGGGUGACCGUGGUGUGGUCUGUAUUGAUGAGUUCGACAAGAUGAGUGAUGUCGACCGCGUAGCCAUUCACGAAGUCAUGGAACAGCAGACCGUCACCAUUGCCAAAGCCGGUAUUCACACUAGUCUUAACGCGCGAUGCAGUGUUCUGGCCGCUGCCAACCCGGUCUACGGCCAGUAUGAUGUACACAAAGACCCCCACAAGAACAUUGCUCUGCCAGACUCUCUUCUCUCUCGUUUUGAUUUGCUGUUCAUUGUGACAGAUGACAUUGAAGAUGCCAAGGACCGCACAAUUUCAGAGCACGUUCUCCGCAUGCACAGAUAUCGCCAGCCUGGAACCGAAGAAGGCGCUCCUGUUCGGGAGCAGCUUAACCAGACCCUGGGCGUGGGAAUCGAAGAUCGUCAAGAUGCCAACCAGCCCACAGAGGUGUUCGAGAAGUUCAAUGUCAUGCUCCACGGUGGCAUGGUUCCUACUGGCCGCAACCGUAACAAGAAUGUGAAAAUCGUCAGCAUUCCCUUCAUCAAAAAGUACAUUCAGUACGCCAAAUCCCGAGUCAAGCCUGUUCUGACCAAGGGUGCUGCCGAUCACAUCAUCGCCGCAUACUCUGCCCUCCGAAACGACGACCUCUCCAACAACCAACGUCGCACCUCGCCCAUCACACCCCGUACCCUUGAGACAUUAAUCCGUCUAGCUACCGCCCACGCUAAGGCUCGCUUGUCGAACCGGGUUGAUGAGAAGGACGCUAAGCAUGCCGAGGCUAUCCUGCGCUUUGCCAUGUUCAAGGAGCUGCAGGAUGAUGGCCGCCGUAAGCGCCGCAAGGUGCAGACCUUUGAUGAUGAUUCCGACGAUGAGAGCGACCCUGAGCUGGAUGAUGAUGAUGAGACAACUUACCGGGGUCAGACAUCUGCGACCCCAGCCCGGACUACCCGUUCCCGCGGUGAUGCUAGCACUGCCGCGGACGAGGAUCAGGACCUCUACACAUCUAGCCCCCGUGCCUCACGCACGCGCACCAGCCAAACAACGCGCUCUCAACAAACUGAGUCGCAGAUGUCUAUGGCAUCCUCCCAGCCUGCAUCACAGCUUGUCCAGUCUCAGACCGACAACUCCCAGUCCACCUCAUCAGACCACCCCAUCUCGCCUGCCCGCUAUGCAGUCUUCCGCCAGACGUUGGGUUCUCUCAUGGGCACUCGUGUCUUCGCCGAAAGUGACGAGGUCAAUGUCGACGAGUUGAUCAACGAAGUCAACACAGCUAUUGGCACAUCGCCCAAUCACGGCGCUGCGCUCGUUUUCCCUCGGGCUGAGGCCAUUCAGGCUCUGAACAAGAUGAACGAUGAGAACUUGCUGAUGUACAUCGACGAUGACGAGGGCAACAAAGUUUACCGAAUCUAA